GUCAUUGUCUCUAUUCCCAUACGGCUCCUCUCCCCUGCAACAAACACACGCACUGGCAACGUGGGAUCUUUAAUUCGGAGCAAUUGACGGCGAGCGUCCAUCACCGGAUUGUCUCCGCACGGUGAGGUAUCAGGGCGGGCGACGAGCAUCUUGCGAGGCCAUCUUCGAACAGAAGGGUUGGAUCUGCCACUCCACAGCUGUAAACACUCGGCCCACAGGCUGCUCGAAAUUAGCAAGCCAUCCUUCCGGCAGAUUCACAGCAAUCAGGGUUGGCUCCAGCAAAGCUACCUUGCAAGAGGCAACUAGUGCAAGAUGCACUGCAGUUGAAGCUAUUCAUGGCCCGGGGAAGAAUUACGAUUGGAUUUUAUUAAGGACAUUUUGGCAAUUUUAUUUGACCUGUGUAUCUGCCUAGCCGUCAUUUUUGUGCAAAACCCGGAGGGAGAGAUUUUGAUGAUGGGAAGUGACUCAACAUGGGUUGGACGGAAAGCAGUGAGACGCCUUGGUGGGAUGUCGGAUGCCCUUUCUAUUGCCUCAGAUCUUGGCUUCGCCAUCUCUCCCCCUCCAUCACAGGAGGAGAUACAAAGUUUGUCCAGUGGCUCUGGUGAAAAGAGUGAUGACUUGAUAAGGGUUUUGAAGGAGCUCACCGACAUCCAAAGAAAAGUGGCAGACUUGCAAGUUGAGCUUCAGGGUAGGAAGGAGGACAAAAACGUCGCCCAUCUGACACAUGUUAGUGAAAUGGAGAAAAAGAUUGAAACUUUGGCCAGAAUCACCACUAUACUGAAAGAUGUUAUUCAGAACAAGGACCGCAUUAUUGCUCGGCUUCAACAACCAUAUUCAUUAGAUUGCAUUCCAGUGGAAGCAGAAUAUCAGAAACAAUUUUCUGAGUUACUGAUGAGGGCUGCUAGCGACUACAGUGCAUUAACGGCAUCUGCGGCUGACUUUCAUUGGAGCCAAAAUUUUAGAGACCCACCAACAAUAUGGGCAGAAAUGCUUCGCCCUAUCCCUGUCGCCCUGGCUUCAUGCACCAGGUUCUUUGAAGCCAUGUCUGCAAUGAGGGAGUCAUUUGCCACACUUCAAGCGUUAAGGGUUGGUCCUUCAUCGUCCCUUGCCACACCUAGCAAGGAUCUUUCCCAGAGAGGAGGAUCAAGGAAGAAUUCUGAUUGUGUGACUCCUCCACCCUGGAGAACCGAAACAAGUUUUAACGAUUUGGCCAUUAGAAGUGUGAGGCAUGAAAAAAGUGAGGAGCAAGAAGUUACAAGUGGUGGUGAAUAUGGUGGCAUUGUUGAGAGCCGUCAACUAUCAUGGCCUUCGCCUGUUUAAACAGUUGAUAUAUAGCUAUGUUAUGCCCAAAAUUAAUAUGGGACCAGUUGUGUAUCUAAUCAAAACUUAUUAUUCUAAUCAUUUCUUGUUUAUAGGGAGUAGGGGACCAGUUGUAAUAUCACAUUGAUUAAACUUUGACCAAUUGUUUUAGCAUGUCCUCGGGCAAACAAGGCAACAAGCUAUGUGAGUGUGACUUUGAUAUGGAUGAUAAUGUUCAAAUUAGCUCAAUGUGUGCACUUUUAAAAUUAGGCCCAAGACUGGUUU